AUGAAAAACCCAGGAAGGAAUAAUCACUCUGACUCUGUGAGCGAAUUCAUUCUUCUUGGAUUCCCUUGUACUUGGAAGAUUCAGAUCCUCCUGUUCUCACUCUUCUUUGUGAUCUAUGUCCUGACAUUAAUUGGAAACCUCUGCAUUAUCUGUGCAGUGUGGUGGGACCACCAUCUCCACACACCCAUGUACAUCCUGCUGGCUAGUUUUUCAUUCCUGGAGAUCUGGUAUGUCACUUCUACCAUCCCCAAUAUGCUAGCCAACUUUCUCUCUGAGACCAACACCAUCUCUUUCUCUGGCUGCUUCCUGCAGUUCUACUUCUUCUUCUCCAUGGGCUGCACUGAGACCUUAUUCUUAUCUGCCAUGGCCUUUGACAGGUACCUUGCUAUUUGCAGGCCUCUGCACUACCCCACUGUCAUGACAGUUCAAUGCUGCAUGAGAAUAGGAGCUUGCUGCUGGGCAUGUGGCUUCUCCUAUUUUCUCCUCCCAGUUUAUCUUAUUUCUCAGCUUCCUUUUUGUGGCCCCAAUACUAUUGAUCAUUUUUUAUGUGACCCAGGACCCCUUAUAAAGUUGUCCUGUGUGCCAGAGCCCACCAUUGAGAUCACCUGUUCCAUCUUUAACUCAGUUAUCAUUUUCUCCACAUUCCUCUUUAUUACCGGCUCCUACACCCAGGUGAUCAGAGCUGUGCUGAGGGUCCCCUCAGCAGAAGGCCGGCGUAAGGCCUUCUCCACAUGUGGCUCUCAUCUGGUAGUGUUGUCCCUGUUCUAUGGCUCUAUCAUAGUCAUGUAUGUGAGCCCAACAGCUGAUAAUCUAUCAGGGAUUCAGAAAAUUAUGACUUUAUUUUAUUCUAUGUUAACUCCAUUUUUCAAUCCCUUGAUCUAUAGCCUCCGGAAUAAGGAGAUGAAGGAGGCCCUGAGGAAACUGUUGAGGAUUAUGAGAUUUGGUCAAAGACAGCCUCUCAAGAAUUAG